GGGAGCUAUUAAUUAAUAAUAUUAUAAAUAUAAGACAAAAUUGCAAAAAUGGUCCCUGUGGUUUGCAUUUUUUCAGGAAAAAAGUCCAAACCAUUCGUUUUUUGGUUUUGUGGUCCUUUUGGACUGGUUUGUUUGUGAGAAUGGUCCCUAUACUUAACACCCGUUAAAUUCCAUCCGUUAACCCCCUCAUGUGCCUUGCACGUGAGGGUAUUUCUGUCCUUUUACUUACAGUGUCAACACUUCCUUCUACCUUUUAUCCCUCAUUUACAAUCCCAAACACCCGUCAACUCCCCACCUCCCUCCUUCUUCCUUCUGCUCCAUUAAACCUGCAAAAAAAAAAAGUCGUUAUCGAAAGAACCUAAUCGAAGCAAAAGGAGACAAGGUCAUACUUUAAAGUCGAAAUGGUGUACGUAAUGUGGCAGAUCAGACCAAAAAAUGAAGUUGUCGACGUAUCAUCCUUAUAUGCGGGUGCACCCACAUGGUUUAGUAUUAAGCUUCAUCAUGGUGGGAAGUUUACUAAGUUACCUGACAUAAAGUAUACUGGAGGUUACCCAGACCCACGGAUGAUUGAAUUGAGUGUUGAAUCCCCAGUGAUAUACUACCAUUUCAGGAUACCCAAUGGUGACUUUCAAUUUGGUCUUAGAGCUUUAGGGAAUGAUCAGGAUGUUAUCAAUCUUUCUAAAUUUAUUCAAAAUAACAAGUUGAUUGAAGUGUACACAGAACAUGGGAAGACAAAUCUACUCACAUACUUCAUGUCUCCAAAUGCAAAGGGUAAAGUUGUCAUUGAGGAAUUACCAGAAAAUGAUGAUCAAGGGGCUAAAUAUGAGGCUGAAGUUCAUGUAGAAUCUCCAUUGAGAAAUAUGAACCAUGUCAAUGAUGAACCAAUUGGUGAGUACAUGUCUUUGAUUCUUUUUGGGAGUAAAACUGAUGCAUUCUCUCCAGAGUAUAGAAGGGGUAGAGUUGGGAAUUCAAAAAGAGAGGAAGGUUCUUGUAGCAAGAGGCUUAAUUUAGAGGAUAUUGAUGAUUUAAAAGAGAAGGAAAACACUAAUGAGGGUGUUAAGGAGGUUCAUGAGGCUGCAACUGUUGUUGAAGGAUGCUACAAUCCAUUUACUUCAAAUAUUGCUAAUGUAGGGGAUGAGAUGAUUGGGGUUCAUGAUAAUGACCAUAUUGAUGGAUGCUACAACACCCCACCCAUUAAUGAUGAUGAACAAUAUAAUGAACUUUUUGACAACCUUAUGGAAAAUUUAAAUGGAAGUGAUGAGUAUGUUGAAGAGUAUGAAGGGGAUGUUGAAUCUGAAGAGAGUGAUGAAGAGUAUGAAAAGGAUGAAGGUGAUGAUCAUGAUGGGAAACAAUCAGAAAAUGAAGAUAAAGUGGAUGACAUAAUGGAUGAGGAGAACAAUAUAGAAGAUGUUGAUGUGGACAUGGCAGACUUCUUUUAA